CUUCAUACUCCGACCUCAUUUAGCAUUAAGAAUAGAGCUUUGCCAAAAAAAGAAAAGAAAGAAAAAAGAAGAGAGCGUAAUUGGCGAUGGCUUUACUUCGCGUUUUUGUCUCUCUUGGCCUUUUGUUUCUCAUAUGUCAUGCUAUGGUUGCGGCCAGAGAUCUCGCGGAAUCUACUCACAUUAAUACACAUGAAGUUGAGGAGGGUACAAUCACAGCUGUUGAAGCUGGGCGCCCAAUAUGUCGUCGUCAUGGGUGCCCUCCGGCAAGUCAGCCGCCGCCGCCACCACGGACAAUUGGAAAAUGUUCAAACAAUGAUGACAAUCAAAAGAUGAAUGCUGCUAACUCUAUACACCUUGAUGAUGGCCGUGAUGGAUAUAAUGGUUGUAAUUAGUGCAAUCAAAUAGUAAUGCAAUGCACACACACAUAUGUAUGAUCAAAUAGUAGUGUACGAAUAAAUAAAUAAAUACUCCGGAUAAUAAAUAAUAAUAAUAAUAAUAAUAAUAAAUAUUCUCUUCGUGUCUUAAACAAUGUAAUGUUGUACGUUUUAGUUGUUCUAAGAAAAAAAGAUACACUCUCUAUUAUUAUGAUGUGGUUAUAAUAAUAAAUCUAUCUCUUAUAACAAGAGUUGACGUGAACGGU